GCCUGCUAUAAUUUCUAGCCAUCACAUUUGUAAAAAAAAACUAUCAGGGACAUUGGCUGUCGCUGUGAAUUCCGAGCUCGGUUGGUGGCCAUCCCAUAAUAUGGUUCUGCUACACCUCCAAACCUCCCUCAAAUCUCCAACAACCUCCAUUAAGCCCAGGGUACAAACACUCCAGUCUUCAUAACAUCCACACGUGCCAUCAAACCACUCCCCACAUUACCAACCAUGUCCAGUCCCUCCCCCCUCCUCCGUCUAAUCCAGACCGUGACCACCAAAUCGCGAAACAACCCCGCCAUGCACCCCAAGCGGUACAGCCUUCAGAUCUCCUGCCAUGUCAAGCCCAACGCCUCCAGUAACCGCGAAGGCAUACUCGCCAUAGGAGCCGACCGCGUGGACGUUUGCGUCGCCGCCGUGCCGCGAAAGGGCGAGGCGAAUGCCGCCGUAUCCCGCGUUUUGGCGCAGGUGAGUCCAGUCCCCACUGCCUAUACUCCAGUCCAUUCCAUGUACUAUAAAGACACAGCGGUGACUUGCUCCAGGUCUUCCAAGUCCCCAAAUCCAACGUCGAAGUCAUCCGCGGCCUGAAGUCUCGGGAGAAGACCCUCGCCAUUACCGACCUGGAUAUUGGAUCACAAAGCGAGGAUGAAUUCCUGGAACAUGCGCAUCGAAGGCUAGAGGAAGCAUUGGUACAGAAAUAGCUCAC